AACCUGAGUGGUGUGUUAUUUACUUUUAUAGACCCAGACAGAGGAGAAAUAUUGGCCAUGUCCCAGGAGAAGCCAGACGCUGGCAGCCAGACCCAGUCGCAGCCUCAGACCCAGUCCCAGAGUGGCUCCAGCUCCUCCUCUGCUCCAGGCUCCGCCAGCCAGUCAUCCUCUGGGUCAGGCACGGUCAGUUCAGUGGACACCAUCCCUGUUAGGGACCUGGGCUCCAUACCAGAGGAGCCAGAGCCACAGCCCUGGGGCCUCCUGCUGCCUAUGCAGAGAGGCUUCAGAGCCUACAGUGAGUGCAACAACCACAUGACGUGCCCCUGUUAUCUGGGUGGUUAGGAUACCUUUAGGCAGUGAAUACUGGGGGAGUUUAGUUGAUUAAACGUUUUGCUACAGUUUGUACUGAACAACACGUUUUCCCACAAUGGUGCGGGAACAUAAUUUGAGGUAUGUUUCAUCCCAUUUGGUGGGUGUGGUGGAGUGUGACCAGGGCCCGGUUUCUCAAAGCAUCUUAAGGCUAAGUUCACCGUUAGAACCUUCAUAGGAGCAUUGUUAAAUCCCUGAGCUGUUUCCCAAAACAUUAUUAUCGUUGCACUUGAAAACUUUCUAUUUUGCUACUUGUAGGCUACUGUCUGUAAUUAAUCAAUAUAUUUAAUGAUGUGUAGCCUAACUUGUGGGCAAUGAUGUCCCAAAGCAGUGAUUUUAGUGCAUUUUUAUUGGGUAAGCAUUAGAAUAAGCCACUUCAAUAUUUGCAGCCAUAGGUGGUAAUAUCUCUCUAGGAGCUGAUCUGUCGUUAGUAUUGUGAAAUAAUUAUAAUGUUAAGGUAAGAUUUGAAUGAAGAAGGCUGAUCUGAGAGCAGCGCUCCCUUUCUUUCUAUCCAACAACGCACUUAGCGACCGUUUUCUCUGUGUGGUGUUUUGGGAAACGGAUGUUGCAUCUUCGUCCAUUGUGGGAAAGAUGCAUCAUUAAAACACUCGUAAGCCUAAAAGUUCCAUCGCUAUCGGGAAACCGGGCCCUGAUCAAAAACAGUGUGACCAUUUGAAAUCGUAAAACUACUGCAGCAGCACACUGUACAAAAUCGUCCUCUGAGCCACCAUAAUCAGUAAUCACAAUGUUCUUCAACUGGUCUUUCAGAUCAGUAGCAUUUCCGUUCAUUUAAACACUGCGCAACGUUGUGUCCUGCUGAAAGUGGCCCAUGUGGAUACUGUGUGUGUGAGAGAUUUUUAGUAUUUCUCAACUAGCACUAGCAUCUAUGUGUAUUCUCUUCUCUUAGCCUCUAUUGAAGUGAUGGUGUUAGUUUUACUUUUUCCCCCAGACUGUGUUGAAGACUACGCUUGGUUUGGCCGGCACACUAAAUGUAACUAUUGCUUUGACGUCCCCAUACUGAGGAAAUCAUCCAGAUUUGCUGCAUACAGCAAUAAACAUUUUAGGAUAUUCCGAGUAGGUCUAUUCAUUUUUCACAAAUAUCUAUUUUAUUUAAGGAAGUCCAUUGUUUUGUUCAUCAGUGUGCUCUGUAAUGACGGUCAGAUCUUUACGUUGCAGGAGAAGAACAUUGUCUAUGUCUUUGACAACAGUAACAAUGGCACGUUUGUUGACGGUAAAAUUAUUGGACAAGGAAAAAUGUUGCCGCUAGCGAACAAUGCAGUGUUGUCCCUUGCUGAAGAACGCCACAAAGGUACCCUUGUUUCAGAGGUUUAUUUCAAUUAAUUUCUGUUUAAUCACUGAUACUUAAAUAGCAGCCAGGAGGCCCUAUCCAGCAUGCUAUUAUAUUCCAUGUAGCUCUAAACAUUAAGUAUAUGGCAUCAUUCCCUUACUCGUUGCAUUAAUAAUAAAUUAAACUGAUUGUUUCUCCCUUCAUUAGUGUUUGUGUUCAUUGAUCUCAUGGCGGAUGAACAGUCCAACUUACCCAAAGAGUUAAGUGAGAAAUACCUGAUCACCAAAAAGAUUGGAGCGUAAGUGAGCAUUUUAACAUGUGUAUUUUACUAAAUCUUGUUACUCAUAUGAUUUUGUUUUGAAUUACAGAAUAACAUUCUAAUAUGAUUUGUUAUACCAGUGGUGUGUGCGGGGAAGUGAAACUGGCAUUUGAGAGGGCCACUUGCAAAAAGGUGGCCGUGAAGACUAUCAACAAGAAGGACUUCCCGGCAUCUGUUGGCGUAAGUCUUAUCACCAUUUUCCUCCUGUUCUAGUUUAUGAAUACUAGCUACUGCAAUAAAUGUAGCAGUCAUCUUUGUUCAAUUAUAGACUGCCACACGAAGUGCAGAACGAGAGAUCCAGAUCCUUCAAAAGAUUGACCAUGUAAGUAUUGUCAUUUCUAAUAGCCUAUUUACAGUUGAAGUCGGAAGUUUACAUACACCGUAGCCAAAUACAUUUAAACUCAGUUUUUCACAAUUCCUGACAUUUAAUCCUAGUAAAUAUUCCCAGUCUUAGGUCAGUGAGGAUCACCACUUUAUUUUAAGAAUGUGAAAUGUCAGAAUAAUAGGAGAGUGAUUUAUUUCAGCUUUUAUUUCUUUCAUCACAUUCCCAGUGGGUCAGAAGUUUACAUACACUCAAUUAGUAUUUGGUACCCUGUAGCUCAGUUGGUAGAGCAUGGCGCUUGCAACGCCAGGGUUGUGGGUUCCUUUCCCACGGGGGGCCAGUAUGAGAAAACAUUUAUGCACUCACUAACUGUAAAUCGCUCUGAAUUAGAGCGUCUGCUAAAUUACUAAAAUGUAAAUGUAAAAUGUAUUUGGUAGCAUUGCCUUUACAUUGUUUAUCUUGGGUCAAAUGUUUCGGGUAGCCUUCCACAAGCUUCCCUCAAUAAGUUGGGUGAAUUUUGGCCCAUUCCUCCUGACAGAGCUGGUGUAACUGAGUCAGGUUUGUAGGCCUCCUUGCUCGCACACGCUUUUUCAGUUCUGCCCACAAAUGUUCUAUAGGAUUGAGGUCAGGGCUUUGUGAUGGCCACUCCAAUACCUUGACUUUGUUGUCCAUAAGCCAUUUUGCCACAACUUUGGAAGUAUGCUUGGGGUCAUUGUCCAUUUGGAAGACCCAUUUGCGACCAAGCUUUAACUUCCUGACUGAUGUCUUGAGAUGUUGCUUCAAUAUAUCCACAUAAUUUUCCUUCCUCAUGAUGUCAUAUAUUUUGUGAAGUGCACCAGUCCCUCCUGCAGCAAAGCACCCCCACAGCAUGAUGCUGCCAUCCCCGUGCUUCACGGUUGGGAUGGUGUUCUUCAGCUUGCAAGCAUCCCCCUUUUUCCUCCAAACAUAACGAUGGUCAUUAUGGCCAAACAGUUCUAUUUUUGUUUCAUCAGACCAGAGGACAUUUCUCCAAAAAGUACGAUCUUUGUCCCCAUGUGCAGUUGCAAACCGUAGUCUGGCUUUUUUAUGGCGGUUUUGGAGCAGUGACUUCUUCCUUGCUGAGCGGCCUUUCAGGUUAUGUCGAGAUUGGACUCGUUUUACUGUGGAUAUAGAUACUUUUGUACCUGUUUCCUCCAGCAUCUUCACAAGGUCCUUUGCUGUUGUUCUGGGAUUGAUUUGCACUUUUCUCACUAAAGUACAGUUGUGGUCAAAAGUUUUGAGAAUGACACAAAUACUAAUAUUCACAAAGUCUGCUGCCUCAGUUUUGAUGAUGGCAAUUUGCAUACACUCCAGAAUGUCAUGAAGAGUUAACAGAUGAAUUGCAAUUAAUUGCAAAGUCCCUUUUUGCCAUGAAAAUGAACUUAAUCCCCAAAAAACAUUUCCACUGCAUUUCAGCCCUGCCACAAAAGGACCAGCUGCCAUCAUGUCAGUGAUUCUCUCGUUAACACAGGUGAGUGUUGACGAGGACAAGGCUGGAGGUCACUCGGUCAUGCUGAUUGAGUUAGAAUAACAGACUUAAAAAGGAGGGUGGUGCUUGAAAUCAUUGUUCUUCCUCUGUUAACCAUGGUUACCUGCAAGGAAACACGUGCCGUCAUCAUUGCUUUGCACAAAAAGGGCUUCACAGGCAAGGAUAUUGCUGCUAGUAAGAUUGCACCUAAAUCAACCAUUUAUCGGAUCAUCAAGGAGAGAGGUUCAAUUGUUGUGAAGAAGGCGUCAGGGCACCCAAGAAAGUCCAGCAAGCGCCAGGACCGUCUCCUAAAGUUGAUUCAGCUGCGGGAUUGGGGCACCACCAGUGCAGAGCUUGCUCAGGAAUGGCAGCAGGCAGGUGUGAGUGCAUAUGCACCCACAGUGAGGCGAAGACUUUUGGAGGAUGGCCUGGUGUCAAGAAGGGCAGCAAAGAAGCCACUUCUCUCCAGGAAAAACAUCAGGGACAGACUGAUAUUCUGCAAAAGGUACAGGGAUUGGACUGCUGAGGACUGGGGUAAAGUCAUUUUCUCUGAUGAAUCCCCUUUCCGAUUGUUUGGGGCAUCCGGAAAACACCUUGUCUGGAGAAGACAAGGUGAGCACUAUCAUCAGUCCUGUGUCAUGCCAACAGUAAAGCAUCCUGAGACCAUUCAUGUGUGGGGUUGCUUCUCAGCCAAGGGAGUGGGCUCACUCACAAUUUUGCCUAAGAACACAGCCAUGAAUAAAGAAUGGUACCAACACAUCCUCCGAGAGCAACUUCUCCCAACCAUCCAAGAACAGUUUGGUGAUGACCAAUGCCUUUUCCAGCAUGAUGGAGCACCUUGCCAUAAGGCAAAAGUGAUAACUAAGUGGCUUGGGGAACAAAACAUCGACAUUUUGGGUCCAUGGCCAGGAAAAUCCCCAGACCUUAAUCCCAUUGAGAACUUGUGGUCGAUCCUCAAGAGGCAGGUGGACAAACAAAAACCCACAAAUUCUGACAAACUCCAAACAUUGAUUAUGCAAGAAUGGGCUGCCUUCAGUCAGGAUGUGGCCCAGAAGUUAAUUGACAGCAUGCCAGGGCGGAUUGCAGAGGUCUUGAAAAAAAGGGUCAACACUGCAAAUAUUGACUCUUUGCAUAAACUUAAUGUAAUUGUCAAUAAAAGCCUUUGCCACUUAUGGAAUGCUUGUAAUUAUACUUCAGUGUAACAUCUGACAAAAAUAUCUCAUAACACUGAAGCAGCGAACUUUGUGAAGACCAAUACUUGUGUCAUUCUCAACUUUUAACCACGACUGUACGUUCAUCUCUAGGAGACAGAACGCGUCUCCUUCCUGAGCGGUAUGACGGCUGCGUGGUCCCAUGGUGUUUAUACUUGCGUACUAUUGUUUGUACAGAUGAUCGUGGUACCUUCAGGCGUUUGGAAAUUGUUCCCAAGGAUGAACCAGACUUGUGGAGGUUUUUUUCUGAGGUCUUGGCUGAUUUUCUUUUGAUUUUCCCAUGAUGUCAAGCAAAGAGGCACUGGGUUUGAAGGUAGGCUUUGAAAUACAUCCACAGGUACACCUCCAAUUGACUCAAAUUAUGUCAAUUAGCCUAUCAGAAGCUUCUAAAGCCAUGACAUAAUUUUCUGGAAUUUUCCAAGCUGUUUAAAGGCACAGUCAACUUAGUGUAUGUAAACUUCUGACCCACUGGAAUUGUGAUACAGUGAAAUAAUCUGUCUGUAAACAAUUGUUGGAAAAAUUACUUGUGUCAUGCACAAAGUAGAUAUCCUACCCGACUUGCCAAAACUAUAGUUUGUUAACAAGAAAUUUGUGGAGUGGUUGAAAAACUAGUUUUAAUGACUCCAACCUAAGUGUAUGUAAACUUCCGACUUCAACUGUAUAUCUCAAACUUAUUAUGCUGUAAUAACUGCCAAGGAGCCUAGUAAAGCAAUGGCUCUUUUACAUUUACAUUUUAGUAAUUUAGCAGACGCUCUUAUCCAGAGCGACUUACAGGAGUAAUUAGGGUUAAGUGCCUUGCUCAAGGGCACAUCGACAGAUUUGUCAGCUCGGGGAUUAGAACCAGCGACCUUUCGGUUACUGGCACAGCGCUAUUAACCACUAAGCUACCUGCCGCCAUGUCCAACAAUGUUUUCUUCCCUGGGGUAAUGAAAUGCCAUAGAAGUAGUCAUUUUCAACGUAUGUUUUCUACUGGACAAAGCCACAGACAUCACACUUUUCUACCACUUUGUAUCAAAAAGUCCUCUAGUAUUUGCCAGCUAUUUUUCUAUGUGUGUGUAACUUUUGCCUCCUGUCUUUUCCAGCCAUGUCUGAUCAAAACAAAAGACUUCUUCCAAACAGAUGACUCAUACUACAUUGUUUUAGAGCUGUGAGUUUAGUGUUUCAUUCACGCAGCCACUUUUUUUUAUCAAUGAGAAACAUAAUUUGUGUGGCGUGUAAUAUUUUCUAUAGCCCUCCUCAGAAGUAUAAUUGUCACAAGCAUAGUAUUUCCCUUCCCUUUGUUUUAUACCGUUUCAACUGAUAGCAUGUGUUGUGUUUCAGCAUGGAGGGUGGAGAACUCUACGACAGGGUCAAAAGCAAGCAACAGAUCGAGGAGCCAAUUGCCAAGCUAUAUUUUUACCAGAUGUUGAAAGCAGUAGAGGUGGGUGGGUUGAUGUAUUUUCAAUUUUUUUCAUUAGAAUUUUUAGAAGAGUGAUAUUUAGGAUUUGCCUGACGACUCACACUGAAUUCUUCCGCUGCUCUAUCGAUUUCUACAUACUUCAGUCUGAAUCUGCCAUCAUUGAAGUCAUUUGUGGUGACGAGGGGUGUUGUACAAAACAAAGUCAUCAGCAAUUGUAUCGUCUAACCAAUCAGAGUAUCAAAGCCAAUUACACAUUUUCAAACGUCACUACCCAUGUGUUCUGGCUCUGGCCCAACGCAUCGAUUUCUGGGACCAAUCAGACGGUCUGAAUGUGUUCGCAUUCUAGAAGGGUCGGGGAGGGAUUCAAAUCCAGACUCAUUGAGGAGAAGAAACAAACGCUCGUGGGCGUGGCAUUUGGCUGGAGGAAUGAGUCUGGGUAGCCAUGCAAAUUCAUGGUAGGAUUUAUGAAAUAUGUUCCGGUGUGAUGUGCUAAUGUUGAAAUGUCAAAAUACGCCAUACCUUUACACAUCAUCUUGUUUUAUACUGGAGAUACUUAAUGUUGCUUGAGUAGAUAUUCAACUGCUUCCUUAUGCUUGUUUAUCUUGCAAUCCUCCACUAGUACCUUCACAACAAUGGCAUCAUCCACAGAGACCUCAAACCUGAAAAUGUGCUGCUUUCGUCUCACGACGAUGUUUGCGUCAUCAAGGUAAGGUUUCUCAAAUCCCAAUGUGGGUAUUUCUUCCACAGUGAAUGAUCAUGGUAGAUCAAGAGUACGUGAGGGUAGAUAAAGUUAUCCACUUAAAUUCAUUGCCCUCCUGAAGCGGACCUCUAGACAUACUAGAUCUGGAGAACAGGAAAAAACUAAAAGCUUGGUUGAAUAGCCUCACUGAAGUGAAGAGUUACAGGCCUCCCGCUCUCUCUUUCUAUGUGACAGAUCACAGACUUUAAUCAGUCCAAGAUACUGGAGGAGUCUGCCCUGAUGAGGACCCUUUGUGGAACACCCACAUACCUGGCACCAGAGGUGUUUACGGACGCAAUCACUGUGGGCUACAGCAGGGCUGUAGAUGCCUGGAGUUUAGGGGUCGUCCUGUUUGUGUGGUAGGGAUCCAUGCUCCUGAUGCCAGGAUCACAGACAUAACAGUGCUGCUUGCUCUGACUGUAGUAGAUAUACAGGACUGUCAGCUUUAAUUUGAGGGUAUUUUCAUCCAUAUCGGGUGAACAGUUUAGAAAUUACAACAAUUGUUGUACAUAGUCCUCCCAUUUUAGGGGACCAAAAGUAUUGGGACAAAUUCACUUAUGUGAGUAGUCAAAAGUUUAGUAUUUGGUCCCAUAUUUAUAGCACACAACGAUUACAUCAAGAUUGUGACUCUACAAACUUGUUGGAUGCAUUUACUGUUUGUUUUGGUUGUGUUUCAGAUUAUUUUGUGCCCAAUAGAAAUGAAUGGUAAAUGAUGUAGUGUGUCAUUUUGGAGUCACUUUUAUUGUAAAAAAGAAUAGAAUGUUUCUAAACACUUCUACAUUAAUGUGGAUGCUACCAUGAUUACGGAUAGUUAGGUACAGUGGGGAGAACAAGUAUUUGAUACACUGCCGAUUUUGCAGGUUUUCCUACUUACAAAGCAUGUAGAGGUAUGUAAUUUUUAUCAUAGGUACACUUCAACUGUGAGAGACGGAAUCUAAAACAAGAAUCCAGAAAAUCACAUUGUAUGAUUUUUAAGUAAUUAAUUUGCAUUUUAUUGCAUGACAUAAGUAUUUGAUCACCUACCAACCAGUAAGAAUUCCGGCUCUCACAGACCUGUUAGUUUUUCUUUAAGAAGCCCUCCUGUUCUACACUCAUUACCUUUAUUAACUGCACCUGUUUGAACUCGUUACCUGUAUAAAAGACACCUGUCCACACACUCAAUCAAACAGACUCCAACCUCUCCACAAUGGCCAAGACCAGAGAGCUGUGUAAGGACUUCAGGAAUAAAAUUGUAGACCUGCACAAGGCUGGGAUGGGCUACAGGACAAUAGGCAAGCUGUUUGGUGAGAAGGCAACAACUGUUGGCGCAAUUAUUAGAAAAUGGAAGAAGUUCAAGAUGACGGUCAAUCAACCUCAGUCUGGGGCUCCAUGCAAGAUCUCACCUCGUGGGGCAUCAAUGAUCAUGAGGAAGGUGAGGGAUCAGCCCAGAAAUACACGGCAGGACCUGGUCAAUGACCUGAAGAGAGCUGGGACCACAGUCUAAAAAAAAAACAUUAGUAUCACACUACGCCGUCAUGGAUUAAAAUCCUGCAGCGCACGCAAGGUCCCCCUGCUCAAGCCAGCGCAUGUCCAGGCCCAUCUGAAGUUUGCCAAUGACCAUCUGGAUGAUCCAGAGGAGGAAUGGGAGAAGGUAAUGUGGUCUGAUGAGACAAAAAUAGAGCUUUUUGGUCUAAACUCCACUCGCCGUGUUUGGAGGAAGAAGAAGGAUGAGUACAACCCCAAGAACACCAUCCCAACCAUGAAGCAUGGAGAUGGAAACAUCAUUCUUUGGGGAUGCUUUUCUGUAAAGGGGACAAGACGACUGCACCGUAUUGAGGGGAGGAUGAAUGGGGCCAUGUAUCGCGAGAUCUUGGCCAACAACCUCCUUCCCUCAGUAAGAGCAUUGAAGAUGGGUCGUGGCUGGGUCUUCCAGCAUGACAACGACCCGAAACACACAGCCAGGGCAACUAAGGAAUAGCUCUGUAAGAAGCAUCUCAAGGUCCUGGAGUGGCCUAGCCAGUCUCCAGACCUGAACCCAAUAGAAAAUCUUUGGAGGGGGCUGAAAGUCUGUAUCGCCCAGCGACAGCCCCGAAACCUGAAGGAUCUGGAGAAGGUCUGUAUGCAGGUGUGGGCCAAAAUCCCUGCUGCAGUGUGUGCAAACCUGGUCAAGACCUACAGGAAACGUAUGAUCUCUGUAAUUGCAAACAAAGGUUUCUGUACCAAAUAUAAAGUUCUGCUUUUCUGAUGUAUCAAAUACUUAUGUCAUGCAAUAAAAUGCAAAUUAAUUACUUAAAAAUCAUACAAUAUGAUUUUCUGGAUUUUUGAUAAAAAUUACAGACCUCUACAUGCUUUGUAAGUAGGAAAAUCUGCAAAAUCGGCAGUGUAUCAAAUACUUGUUCUCCCCACUGUAUAUCCGUAAUCAUGGUAGCAUCCACAUUAAUUUAGUAGUGUUUAGAAACAUAUUAUAUUCUUAUUUACAAUAAAAGUGACUCCAAAAUGACACACUACAUUAUUUACCAUUCAUUUCUAUUGGGCACAAAAUAAUCUGAAACGCAAACAGCAAAUGCAUCCAACAAGUUUGUAGAGUCACAAGCUUGAUGUAAUCAUUGCGUGCUAGGAAUAUUGGACUAAAUACUAAACUUUGGACUACUUCAAUACACAUAAGUGAGUUUGUCCCCUAAAAUAGGGCGACUAUGUACAAAAAGUGCUGUAAUUUCUAAACGGUUCACACAAUAUGGAAGAAAAAACCCUCAAAUUAAAACUGACAGUCUGCACACGUUAAACCCAUAGUCAUUGUGUCAUUUGAAAUCUAAAGUGCUGGAGUACGUACAGAGCGCACCCCCCAAAAAAGUGUCACUAUCCCAAUAAUUUUGUUGCAACUUUAAAUGUUUCCAGGUUUAUCAGUGUACAAAGGGCAUUGUAAUGCAAUUAUUUCAGUCCCUUUUGUAAAUAACUUGAGCCAAGUUUACUUUUCAACAGCACACAAAGUUUUCCUGUUCACAGUUUCACUUAUAAGUGUUCAGACUUUUAAAUGUGAAGUUUACUUCUCUGCCCCUCACAGCUUGGCAGGCUAUCCCCCAUUCUACCCUAAUGCACGAACUGGUUUGUCAGUCAGGGAUCAGAUCACGCAGGGAAUUUAUACAUUCAUUCCAUCAAAAUGGGACGGUAUCUCCGAUGAUGGUAAGGGACUAAUGUAAAUCCUCAUCAAAAUGACAUAAAAAUGUACUGCAUGCAUGUUGUCGUGACGUGACUUUCAUUAUUGUGAUGACUAUUAUUUAUCAAAUAAUUACCUACUAUGUUUAAUUGUUACUAGAUUAAAUUAAUCAUGUAACAAUUAACUAAUUAGGAAUUUGGGGCACCACGGGAAAAGUUGUUUAACGAGUUACCGUUUUCCGAAUUAACUCUAAAGAGAUCUAGAUAUCUCUUAUCAUUUAAACAGUCAUUUAUUAAUCAUUUACCUCAUCAGUCUCAUUCUGAGACGUAGGCUCUUUAAGUCUGCACGAACCCGGGUCUUACUGAUCAUUCCGUACCACACAAAUUGAUUUAAAUUAUUUAUUUACACAUCUAAUUAAAAAUGAUAACACAAGAUACAAACACGUACACGGUAUAGGUAGGGAUUAGAAACUUAAUACAAUGAAAAAUGGGACCCUAGCGGACUAACACAAUAUGACACUUGUUACAAAAGAUGGCGAGUUAAAGAGCGGGAGCGGAACUACUUUGCCCGGAACUGCCGCCCGUUUGGGAAGAAAAACAGUGCAUGUAUUUACGUGUUGGAGGUCUUCGUCGUGUAUCUCUGUUGGACCCAGGCCUUCGUGGGAAGGGGUCGAUUGGGCCUUCUCUUUCGGAUGGCCUUUUAGAUGCAAGGCUCAGAUUGUCCACAAGAGGUCACAAUGUCCUUCUUUUUAGUUGUCUGUUUACUUUCACUCGUUCUGGAAGUGGUCUUCUGAGGACUGCUUAGCCGUGUCGAUGAUCCCCUGUGGGGUGAUGAGAGCAGUGUAGUAGACGAUGGUUUGAAAAGAGUAAUGGUCCCACUUAAAUUCACCUUCUUAGAUACAGUACUUAGAACAGCUACUCGUAACAUUGAUUGUUAAUGGAGGCAACUUUGUCGUCUUCACCUCGUUGAUUUUCAGGGUCGGGACCAAUAUGGACAAAAGCUGCAGCUUGAGGUCCGUCUGAUCUGAUAAUUCUUAUCUCAUUCUUUUAUGCACUCUGGUAAAGAGGGGCGUUUCCGUCAUACUGACACGCUCUCUGAGCUCCCUCGGGCGUGGCUAGUUACGAGGCAAAAGUAUUAUCAUCACUAUGAUUUUGUUAGAAAGCUAAAAUCACAUUCCUAUCUUCACGAAAACAUUGUCUUCCUCCUUGAUAUUUUCUACACAAGGUAAAGAAUGUAAACUUGAUAUACACAGUGUAAAAACUCUUCAAGUCACAAUGUUUUUGUUAUAACGCCUUUAUAAAAUUUUUAAUGACAUCACAAAAUAGACAUUCAUUUUCCAUAUUCCAUUUCUCAUCAUUCCCAACGUUUGGAUGUUGAAAUAUAUUGUCCCAAUGUUCAUUGUUGGAGGUUGAAGUUUUUGGGCGGCAAAAUUGUCUCUGAAACAAAGGCAUUCCUUUCACCAUACUAGAAUGCCAGCGAUAGAUUCUCCUCCUCUCUAAUUUAUGGCAGUAUUAAUGUGGCACAGCCCCCCUGUGGGUAAGAGGGUUGUUGUCGGCCAUUUGCCAAGCUGAUGUGAGACCUUUGAUCCUCACCCAGGGAGAGUCAUGACUAUGUUUAACUCUGUCAUACGUGUGCUAGAGAAAAUAUACAUUUGAAAUGGAUUCCACCUGUCUUGAGUUUGUAAACAACUUAUGCUACUUUACUACAGUCAUAUUGAUAAUUAAAUGUUGUCCGAUACUUAUUUUACUUAUCCUAUCAUGUCUAGCCAAAGACGUUGUGAAGAAACUGCUUCGAGUGGACCCCAAUGCCCGCCUCACCAUUGAGGAGGCUUUACAGCAUCCCUGGCUGAUGGUAAGGUUUAUUGCCGUCUCUCAUUGCCUGGCCCCAGUGCCAUCAAGGCAGGUACGUUUACUGCAUAGUGGAAGGAGGGGGUAUUUUGGGCUAGGCAGUGUUGUAAGUGGCAGCUCUCUGAUCCCAUCAAUCUCCAUCUCAGGAUGAGGCAAUGAAGGAGACCGCUGAAGGCAUCAUGUACCCCAAGGACUCCAGAGAUGCCGAUGCCACAGCAGACUCCGGCGAUUUCACAGCAGUGAGAAAUAAUGUCAUUCUACUACAGUAGUGUUUCCCACCCCUCUCCUGGGGGACCACUAGACAGUCCAAAUUUUUGUUCUAGCCUGAUUUAACUAAGCAAGUUCUUGGUGAUUAGUUGAAUUAGGUACGUAAGUGCAGGGCGAGAACAAAAAUGUUAACUAUCUGAUGGUCCCCUUGGGAGAAGGUUUGCCAUAUGUCAAUAUUGUCCAGAGUAUGUUGUUGCUCACAAAAUUGAAGUAUGUCUCUUGUUACUUUAGGCCUCAACCGGAAAGAGGUCACGAGAAGAUGAGGACGAGCAGCAGCCGACAAAGAGGAGACCAGGCCCAUCCACAGAGGCAACAUGA